AUGUCGGCCCCGCAUCUCUCCAGACCCGAGGCCUUCAAGCCGAAAGACCAGAAGUCUGAUGCUCCCAAGUCGGAGGGUGCCGGUGACAUACCCAUAGCCCAAGAAGAGGCUAUUACAAGCACUAUUCACUUUACAGAUGGAGUAAAGGAGCGUGAAGCAUUCUAUCUGAAGCUCCUCAAGUCCAAUUUGGAUGAUGAAACCUUAUCUGACCUUCGAUCAAACAUUGCCGGUCUUACAGGCAGCAUCGAAAUCUCCCACUUCCCCUUCUGCGGAAGGAAGGGCGCUGUAGUUCCGGAUAGCUUCUCCAUUCAGGACUACUUGGAAGAAUGUCUCGGGACCAACACAGAAGAAGCCAAAACGCUGGAUAUUUACAUGAGGGAUACAUCAAUUUCCCAGGAACUGAACGUUAAGGCCGAUCCGGGCGAGGUAUCCGAUGCCACCAAGGUGUCCCUCCUCAAGAGUCAAGUCGACGAUACCGCGUUCAAAUGGAUCACUGGAACACAGGCGAAUGGAGCGUUUCGACUGAAGAAGAGAACUAUUUGGUCGGACAACUUGCCUACCACUACGAUUGAUGGCGUCAAGCUUGACCUUCGAAUUCCCGACCACGUUAUCGAUGACAGAUCAGACCGAUGUAGCUGCGGCGGGGAGUUUGCCAUACAUGGGCUUUUAUGGUUCAGCUUCCAUGAGCCUUGCUGUCGCAAGUUCACAGGCAGCCACAAGCUCGAACAAGCUGAUCGUGUCAAGUUCCCUCGAAUUACCGCCUUUCUGGACAGCCGCAGCUUAGAGCUUACACCAGAAUGCAUGGAAGCUUUGUAUCGAAUGAAAACGACCGAAGACUUUUACAAUUUCCAGAACGUCUACGGCGAAUUCUUCAGUGCCCGAGUCCAACUAGGCGGUCGUCUGUUUUCUACAGAGGAAGUCUCUAGUAGCAGCGCCGAGAGCACAGAAGAGAAAGUGAAGUCGAUGAAGAUUGCUGCAGCUGCAUCAUUCAGCGGCUAUGGUGCUUCUGUAGAUGUGUCAGCAUCAUACGGAAAGGGAAGCGAGGCUAAGGAGAUGAAAGCAAGCAGAGAGUCAGUGUCAACCUUGACAUGGCAGGCUAACGGUGGAGACACACUUCUAUGUAACCAACCACAGGAAUGGACUCCGACGGUAGCCUACCACUGGAACUGGAGAAUCACCAAGCAAGACCAUAUUGCCAGCAUAUUCGAUGUGGCCGCACAAAUCAAGGGUAUGGACUGGGUCAUCAAAGAAGCAAUCCCGUUGGGUCUCACUAUUAAUCCCAACUUCGACGAUGUUGUUGCAAAGCCUCCUUCAUUCUUAGCUAAGCCCACCAAGAGCUUUACUAUCCAAGAAUCAUGGUGUGAAGGUGGAAGUGUUGACAUGUUACUAACGUACCUUGUGCCUGCUGCCGCACAAGCCUGCAACGCGACGAAAACGAGCAACUUCAAGAUCGACUCUACCUUACAGAAGUGGGGCCGUACACUUCUCGGACCAGAGACAGCCGAAAGUCAUGGUAGCGAACGAUUGUAUGAAGCCGAGAACCUGAAUGGGGAAGUACAGGAUGAGCUUAAAUACAACACCAGGUAUCGCUUAAAGAACAAAGAACGAGGUCUUCAUGUCGAUUACCACAACAUCCAGCAUGACAAGUUUGUAUCAGAAAACGACCAACGCUCAAACUCCUAUUGCAUCGUCUUCCAGAAACCUGACGGCUCACAAGAGGUCGCUGUCAUCCCGGAUAAUGCCCUGGUCAUGCUGCUGUUCUAUGAAUCGAACAACCACAAACUGGGCCAUAUUGGCCGUCGCGAGACGCUGACGGUUGUGGACAACAGAACCAACCAGAGCUACGAGAUCCCCAUCACUCACAAUUCUAUCCCGGCAACAGAAUUCAAGAAGAUCAAGGCUGAGGCUGGAAAUGAUCGCCCGGAGGAUGAGACGAAUCAGGGCCUUAGAGUGUAUGAUCCUGCGUACAUGAACACGGCUGUUGUGCAAAGCAAGAUCACGUACAUCAACGGCCUGGAUGGUGUUCUUCGUUACCGCGGAUAUCCUAUUGAGCAGUUAGUGGAAAAGAGCAAUUUCCUCGAGUCUGCCUAUCUUCUCAUCUAUGGCGAGCUUCCUACCAAGUCACAGUACAACCAGUGGCAUGGCGAGGUGAUGCAUCACACGUACAUUCACAGCGACAUUGAGAACAUGUUCAAGUCGUUCCGCUACGACUCUCACCCUAUGUCCAUGCUUACGGCGGCUUUUGCUACACUGGGAGCGUUUGCUCCGGAGGCAAAUCCUUCUCUUGCCGGUCAGAAGCUCUACACCAACGCUGCUUCCGGCAAUGUUGAAGCUCUUCAGAUGCUGGACAAGCAGAUUCUGCGCAUCAUCGGAAAGGCCCCUACUCUAGCUGCUGCGUCAUACAGAAUGCGCCAGGGUCGACCCUUCAACCGGCCGGCACAGGGACUGGGCUACACCGGAAAUUUCCUGUACUUGCUAGACCAUCUGUCUGAGGCCGAUUACAAGCCUCAUCCUGUUCUUGCCAAGGCCCUGGACCAGCUGUUCAUUAUUCACGCCGAUCACGAGGUCAAUUGCUCUACCGCUACAGUCAUGCAAGUCGGAAGUUCGCUCGUGGACCCUUACAGCGUUGUCGCAGCAGGAUGCGCAGCACUAUAUGGUCCUUCCCACGGAGGAGCCUCUGAGUCAGCCAUCCGCAUGCUCAUCGAGAUCGGAUCUCCCGAGAACGUCCCUGCUUUCAUGGAAGCGGUUGAGAAAAGGGAGCGCGUCCUUGUAGGAUUCGGCCACCGAGUCUACAAGAACGUCGACCCUCGUUCCACCGCUAUCCGCAAGCUUGCCGAGGAAGUCUUUGAGGUUACCGGCAGAAACAAGCUGCUAGAUACCGCUCUGGCUCUUGCCGACUACGCCAGAAAGAGCGAGUUCAUGCGCAGCAGGAACCUGUACCCCAACGUGGAUUUCUACUCUGGUCUGAUCUACCAGGCUAUGGGUUUCCCCCUUGACUUUUACCCUGUCUUGUUUGCUGUUCCCCGAUGUGUUGGAUGGUUAGCGCACUGGAGACAGAUGAUGCUGAACCAAGCUGGUGUCAAGAUCUGGAGACCUAGACAGCUGUACAUCGGAGAGGGCGAGAGAGAGUACGUUGAUGCUGGGAACAGAAAGGCAAAGUCUGAUGCGACAGUCUUUGAUGCUCCUGUCAAGGUUCAGCAUGGAGGAAACAGCCAGCGAACAAUACUUGCUACCGGUGGAGGAGAGCUGAAAAGCAAAUUGUAA